CUGGUGUUCCACUUCCAGAUGCUGUUGGAGAACUUUGAGCGCACAGUGAUUGACGACAGUCAUAAAACCAAAGUGCUGGCAGAGAUUUUUGUGGGGAAGAUGUUCAAGAUGGAGGUGUGGGAGACGCUGCUGACCUACAUGCGGAUCGGAGAGGUGGCUGAGUUCUGGAGCGACGCCGUUGUGAGUCCAGCGACCGUUCAAUCAAAUACACACACAUAAUGUACAUUGACUGCCACACACAGGCACACACAGACACACACACUUUCCCCUACCCGAGGCAAAACAGAGGCCAGAGUCAGGAGAGGCAGGGACCCCAAAUUGUCUGGUAAUUAGUGUUCACUGGAAUGGGGGAGGAAGUUGCUCCUCUCCUCAUUCUUAUGCAGAUGAAGCAGCCUCCGGUGGCCACCUACACGCUCUAUUAAAAACGGAAAAAGAGAAAUAUUUUUGUGCGCCUCAAUUUCUCUAUUUCUCUCUCCUUCUGGAGAGACAAAGAGUAGGAAGUAUUUGCAAGUCAAAUGAGGCUAUUGAUUGUGGUUUGUUAGUUUAGGGCCGCUGGUUCAGCAACCAGCAGGGGUGAGGUGAGUCAUAUCAAUGUUGGUGUGUUUGUGUCUCAAGUCAACUCACAUUUUAUUUGUCACAUGCUUCGUAAACAACAGGUGUAGACUAACAGUGAAAUAGUUAAUUACGAGUCCUUUUCCAACAAUGCAGAGUUAAAGACAAAGAUAAAACAUAAAAAUUUAAAUAGUGACAUGAGGAAUAAAUAGUCAAAAUAACAUGGCUACAGUAUAAACAAGGAGUACCAGUACAGAGUGGAUGUGCAGGGGUAUGAGGUAAUAACAUGGCUACAGUAUAAACAGGGAGUACCAGUACAGAGUGGGUGUGCAGGGGUACGAGGUAAUAACAUGGCUACAGUAUAAACAGGGAGUACCAGUACAGAGUGGGUGUGCAGGGGUACGAGGUAAUAACAUGGCUACAGUAUAAACAGGGAGUACCAGUACAGAGUGGAUGUGCAGGGGUACGAGGUAAUAACAUGGCUACAGUAUAAACAGGGAGUACCAGUACAGAGUGGAUGUGCAGGGGUACGAGGUAAUAACAUGGCUACAGUAUAAACAGGGAGUACCAGUACAGAGUGGAUGUGCAGGGGUACGAGGUAAUAACAUGGCUACAGUAUAAACAGGGAGUACCCGUACAGAGUGGAUGUGCAGGGGUACGAGGUAAUAACAUGGCUACAGUAUAAACAAGGAGUACCAGUACAGAGUGGAUGUGCAGGGGUACCAGGUAAUAACAUGGCUACAGUAUUAACAGGGAGUACCAGUACAGAGUGGAUGUGCAGGGGUACCAGGUAAUUGAGGUAGCUUUGUAUAUAUAGGUAGGGGUAAAGUUACUAGGCAACAGGAUAGAUAAUAGACAGUAGCAGCAGCGUAUGUAGUGUGUGUGAAUGUGUGUGUGUGGCGUCAGCAUGCAUGUGUGCGCGUGUUACGUGUGUGUGGGUGUAUGUAGUGUAUGUGUGUGUUGGAGUGUCAGUGGAAGCAUGUGUGAGUGUGUGGGUGGAGUCCAGUGUGUGGGUGGUCCAGUGUGUGGGUGGCGUCCAGUGUGUGGGUGUCAGUGCAAGAGAGUUAGUGCAAAAAAGGGUCAAUGCAGGUAGUCCGGGUAACCAUUUGAUUAGCUAUUUAUCAGUCUUGUUUAGCAGUCUUAUGGCUUGGGGGUAGAAGCUGUUCAGGGUCCUGUUGGUUCCAGACUUGGUGCAUCGGUACCGCCUGCCGUGCGUGGCUGGAGUGGCUGGGCCUACCUCUGACACCGCCUUGUACUACCACUCUAUUUGAGUCAUAACAGUGUUGUGGUGUGUGCUUUUGUUCGUGUCUCUGACUAAUCAAGUUUCAAGUUUUAAUGUCACGUGCACAAGUACAGUGAAAUGCCUUUCUUGCAAACUCUAAACCCAACAAUGCAGUAAUCAAUAUCAAUGUAGCACUAAAGACAACAAGGUAGAACAAAAACACACAAUAAAUGAAAAUAAGAAAUAAGAAGAACAGGAGAAAGUAAGAAGCUAUAUACAGGGUCUGUUCCAAUACCAUAUUUACAAUGUGCAGGGAUACUGGAGUGAUAGAAGUAGAUAUGUAUAGGGGUAAGGUGACUAGGCAUCAGGAUAUAUGAUAAACAGAGUAGCAGCAGCAUAAAUAAUGAUUGUAUGUGAAUGUGUGUGUGUAGAGUCAGUAUAAAUGUGUGUGCUGUUGUGCCUUCUUCACGACUGUGCGCCUGUGAGUGGACCAUUUUAAGUCCUUAGUGAUUUGGACACUGAGGAACUUGAAGCUCUCGAACCGUCCAUGAUCAGCUCCUUGGUCUUACUGACAUUGAGGGAGUGGUUGUUGUCCCGGCACCACACUGCCAGGUCACUGACCUCCUCCCUGUAGUGUUCGUAUCACUGACUAUUUGAGUCACAGUGGUGUUGUGUCUUUUCUUGUCUCAGCACACAGGCUUGUACCCCAUAGUGUCCAAGGGGAUGAGGCUGAUUGCCCAGGGUAAGGACCCACUGGAGGGCCAGAGACACACGUGUGGCAUGGGGAACAUGUUCCACUACAACACUACUGGCUGGCCUGAUCUUCAUUAUGGAGCUCAAUCAGCUAACUUUCAGUAGGUGGCAUUAUCAUUAUAAUGGCUAAUGGAUACAAGGUGUCGAAAGCGUUCCACAGGGAUGCUGGCCCAUGUUGACUCCAAUGCUUCCAAUGUCAAGUUGGCUGGAUGUCCUUCGGGUGGUGGACCAUUCUUGAUACACACAGGAAACUGUUGCGUGUGAAACACCCAGCAGCAUUGCCGUUCUUGACUCAAACUGGUGCGCCUGGCACCUACUACCAAACCCCAUUCAAAGGCGCUUAAAUCUAUUGUCCAUUCACCCUUUGAAUGGUACACACACACAAUCCAUGUCUCAAUUGUCUCAAGGCUUAAAAAUCCUUCUUUAACCUGUCUCCCCCCCUUCAUCUACAAUGAUUGAAGUGGAUUUAACAAGUGACAUCAAUAAGGGAUCAUAGCUUUCACCUGGAUUCACCUGGUCAGUCUAUGUCAUGGAAAGAGCAGGUGUUCUUAAUGUUUUGUAUACUCAGUGUUCAGCUAUGGUUUGGGGAAGGGUUAAAGGGAAAGGAGAGAAGAGGGGUUGAAUGCAUUGCACACAACACACACAGGUUUAAUAUGUAGUACACAUCAACACAACUCCACAAACACACACACACACCCGUGAUAAUUGGCACAUCCCAUUAGCAGUACACCCCCAUCUAUUUACUGAAACAUAUCUAAACACAUACAGCAACACACCUCCACACACACACACACACACACACACACACUGCUGCCGCUCACACACUUCUGUCCAAACGAACACAUCUCUGUGCCAAUACAUACACCUCCAGACAACCAUUCCGACCCGUUACAUUAUAAGCCGACUCCAAACACCAAACAGCCUUUUCUCUCUGUCUCCAACAAACAACAUCUCAUCCUGCCUCAACCACUCAGCUCAUAAACAAAACGGGUUAUGCAACCAGCUGCUAACCACCAGGGGUACAGGCGGAGGCAAUAACAACAUCCUGGAUCCUUGGGAUGUCAUUACCCCAUUUAAAAUGAUUAAGAUUAAGGUUAGGGUAGAGAGGUGCCAAGGAUCCUGAAUACCACUAACCCACAUUCAAUCCUCAGCCAAGUAAAGCUGGGUUGUGUUCAGUAGGCACCAAAAAUAAGAAAACUAGGAGGGACUAAAAGGUCUUGUCCAAUAAGAAAUGCUAAUUUUCGUUUUCAGUUACAAAACGUUUUGCUACCGUGUGGGUUAUUGAACUAGACCCUGGAUGACUUUUUCAUUGGUUCUGCCUGUCGCCCCUGUUCUCCCCAGAUGGGAGAACCUUUCUCCUACAAGCGGGAUUUGGAGAUAAUGGACAAGGAUGAGAAGAGGAGGGAAUUUUCACACAUUUUCUGCUUGAUGCAGGGAUUAGCACUGUGCUGCCUUCUGAGUUUGUCUCCAUAAUCCAUAUGGAGUCCCCAUUCUGACAUGCACUAUAUAGCUCAGUACCCUAUGAAUAAUACUGAACCCUGAGACAGUCCAUAGAGGCUGCCUUGUCUUGUCUUCACUCUCUGUUCCACUGCAUUGACUUAUAGCGAUGGCUCUGUGUGUCUGUGUGUGUGUGUGUGUGUGUCUGUGUGUGUGUGUGUGAGAGAGAGAGAGAGAAAUGGUGCAAUUCCUCCCAGCCCCUUCUGGUUCCUAGUGCCAUCCUCCCUCUCCUCUCCUCUCCUCUCCUCUCCUCUCCUCUCCUCUCCUCUCCUCUCCUCUCCUCUCCUCUCCUCUCCUCUCCUCUCCUCUCCUCUCCUCUCCUCUCCUCUCCUCUCCUCUCCUCUCCUCUCCUCUCCUCUCCUCUCCUCUCCUCUCCUCUCCUCUCCUCUCCUCUCCUCUCCUCUCCUCUCCUCUCCCCCUUUGCCGUCUCUCUCCCCUCCCCUCCUCGUGUCAUCAUUACCUUCUUGUCUCUAUCACUUCCUAUCUGCCAUCCACCUCUCCUGAGCAUCCCCUUCUUCCCUCCUUGCCUCCAUCUGGGGAGACAUCUUCUUUCUGAGAGGGACUCUGAAUCGGUGGAGGCUCUCCGUGGAGCACUGGCUCUGUUAUUGCCAGAGGCUAUGAAGAAAUCUAUUUAAAUGCAGGCAGAAUUAAAGAUUUAGAGGGGAGUGGGGAUGAAAUGAAGAGGAGAGGAGAGGAGAGCCAUCAAUUGGGAUCUAAACCAAGCACUCCAGUCCACUCCUCUCCACUCCUCAGAGAGACAGGAUUAGGUGGUGUUUCUGAGACAGGGGGCCUGAGUCAGAAGGCCACUCAGUUUCUUUCUCAGUCUCUCUCUCUUUUAUAUUUCUCUCUUUUUUCUUUCUCUCUCUCUAACUCCUCAGGUCUCUCACACACAAACUCUAGAUAGUAGUGAAUAUUGAUGAAUAUUUCCAUCUUAUACCUUAAUAACAUCUCUUUGUCUCUCUCUCUCCCCUUCUCUCUCUCCACGCUUCCAUCUCCCCUCUCCCCCUGUCCUACAGACUGUGUUAAGGCCUACUAUAAGAUGGCUAAAAGGCGAUGUAUGGUCAAUCCAUCAUCUGCACUGGCCAUGCAACAUUUACAGUGAUACGGCCUCUGCAGAAGUCAGGGCAUUCAUACUUCUUGCGCGUUGUGUAGCAGAUCAGAACUGUUGAGCAGAGCGUUUGUGAAGGAAGUUGUCAAGGAAGUUAGUUUGUGUUUAUACAGGACUCCCCCCCCCCCACCCACCUAUCUUCAACCAAUCAUGUCAAUGCGGAGCUAUACAGAGCCCUCCACACUGCUACAAAAUUUGGUAGGUGCAGGAUAUGCGGUACAGAGCUCGAUUUGGCCUCUGCAUGCCUCUGACCACAUUUCCAGAUUAAGCAUAAAUUGGCUUUAAUGCCACACUUCUCACUUUCACACGCCACACCUGUUAUAUCUCACCCAUUGGAAAGUACUGCUUUUAUUUUUCUAAUUAGCCCAUUUUAUAGUGCGUGAACUUUCAACUGUGCUCCAAAUCGUUUUGAAAUAGAAGCAUCUGUGACCGCAAUUUAACAUCACGCGCGGAACCUCUAUCAUUGUCCUGUCUUGCCACACACUGUGAAUCGCGGCACAUUGAAGCAUAUGAUUGGUCUAGUUAUGUAAGGGCUCAAGAAGAUUGGAUGCGUUUUUUAAAGAAACGCUGCUCAAGAUUAGAGUGGAGCUGAAUAGAGAGAGAACGUUCUCCACUGAGAUUAUACAACUGUAAAAAGAGCAGCACGGUAGCGCUGUUUUAUGUACAAUGUUGUCAACAAAAUUAGGUCGCUGUUACUCCCGUCCCUAUUGCAGAAUGCAACAUUUUGACAGCAUGUACUAAAGUCGAUUUAAUCCACACUUGCAUUAGUCCCUUUGUUUGGAAAUUGGCUUUUAGGCUGUGACAACGAAAAGGCAGCACAUACCUACAGUAUGUUUUAGCAGGGAAGUUUGGUAGUGACCUGAUUGGUAAAUAUCAAAACCAUUUUGUCAAACAGAUUGUGAACCAAAAAGUGUACGUUUGAUUCUAGAGGGGGUACAAUAAAUAUACAAAUAAUUUGGUUAAGUGUAUGGGGAAGAUUUAUGUCAUCUUGUUUUCAGGAGAUUUUAUUAUCAAUUUAUUUUAUUUAGUCUGAUCAGUUGAACAAUUCUCAUUCUUAACAAUGGGCUAAAAUGAAGGAUAAUUACUGUGCUUGUCAGCAAGGACACUCCUGUUAUUCCCUACACAAACAGUCUUUUAUUAUUCCACUUCUUCCCAAUGUUGCCAGUGUAAUCACAGAUUUGAAAUCUGAUAGGCCUACUUGUGUCUUUGAAAAUGAAUUAUAUGAGGCUAUGUAUUUUUGCAGCCAUUCAUGGACAGUUUUGAAUAACUCAUACAAAUAAGCAUUGGAUAUUAAAUGCUCCAGGCCUUGAAUAUAAUUUUUGACAUUUUAGUAUUGUGCACAUGCUAAGCAGAGAUGGUACGGGGACUUACAACUCAUAAACAGUUCAUAUUUUGUCUAUUUUUAUUUUUAUUUUUAUUUAUUUAACCUUUAUUUAACCAGGUAAGCCAGUUGAGAACAAGUUCUCAUUUACAACUGCGACCUGGCCAAGAUAAAGCAAAGCAGUGCGAUAAAAACAACAACACAGAGUUACAUAUGGGGUAAAACAAAACAUAAAGUCAAAAAUACAACAGAAAAUAUAUAUACAGUGUGUGCAAAUGUAGCAAGUUAUGGAGGUAAGGCAAUAAAUAGGCUAUAGUGCAAAAUAAUUACAAUUAGUAUUAACACUGGAAUGAUAGAUUUGCAAGAGAUGAUGUGCAAAUAGAGAUACUGGGGUGCAAAUGAGCAAAAUAAAUAGCAAUAUAGGGAUGAGGUAGUUGGGUGGGCUAAUUACAGAUGGGCUGUGUACAGGUGCAGUGAUCGGUAAGGUGCUCUGACAACUGAUGCUUAAAGUUAGUGAGGGAGAUAAGAGUCUCCAGCUUCAGAGAUUUUUUCAAUUCGUUCCAGUCAUUGGCAGCAGAGAACUGGAAGGAAUGGUGGCCAAAGGAGGUGUUGGCUUUGGGGACGACCAGUGAGAUAUACCUGCUGGAGCGCAUACUACGGGUGGGUGUUGCUAUGGUGACCAAUGAGCUAAGAUAAGGCAGGGAUUUGCCUAGCAGUGAUUUAUAGAUGGCCUGGAGCCAGUGGGUUUGGCGACGAAUAUGUAGUGAGGACCAGCCAACAAGAGCGUACAGGUCACAGUGGUGGGUAGUGUAUGGGGCUUUGGAGACAAAACGGAUGGCACUGUGAUAGACUACAUCCAAUUUGCUGAGUAGAGUGUUGGAGGCUAUUUUGUAAAUGACAUCGCCGAAGUCAAGGAUCGGUAGGAUAGUCAGUUUUACGAGGGCAUGUUUAGCAGUAUGAGUGAAGGAGGCUUUGUUGCGAAAUAGGAAUCCGAUUCUAGAUUUAACUUUAGAUUGGAGAUUCUUAAUGUGAGUCUGGAAGGAGAGUUUACAGUCUAACCAGACACCUAGGUAUUUGUAGUUGUCCACAUACUCUAGGUCAGACCCGUCGAGAGUAGUGAUUCUAGUCGGGUGGGCGGGUGCCAGCAGCGUUCGAUUGAAGAGCAUGCAUUUAGUUUUACUAGUGUUUAAGAGCAGUUUCCUAGCCUCAGUGCAGUGGGCAGCUGGGAGGAAGUGCUCUUAUUCUCCAUGGACUUUACAGUGUCCCAAAACUUUUUGGAGUUAGUGCUACAGGAUGCAAAUUUCUGUUUGAAAAAGUUAGCCUUUGCUUUCCUAACUGCUUGUGUAAAUUGGUUCCUAACUUCCCUGAAAAGUUGCAUAUCGCGAGGGCUAUUUGAUGCUAAUGUAGUACGCCACAGGAUGUUUUUGUGCUGGUCAAGGGCAGUCAAGUCUGAGGAGAACCAGGGGCUAUAUCUAUUCUUAGUUCUGUAUUUUUUUAAUGGGGCAUGUUUAUUUAAGAUUGAGAGGAAAUUACUUUUAAAGAACAACCAGGCCAGUCUAUGUAUGAUGAUGGCAAAGAUCUUCAACUAGUUGGCAUAAACCACCUGAAUAUUGAUAUUCAUUAGAUUUUUCUUGAAGGUUGGGUGAUUUUGAGAAAUUAAUUGUUAGAACAAGAACAUUUUCAAACACCCAUCACUUGGGAAACAUAACUCAGGGGUGGCCAAACCCUUCAGGAAAGGAAGCAGGAUUUUCUUCCAGACCUAUUUUAAAGAGAUACAGUAGUUCACCAAAAUUACAAAAUACAAAAUGUUUGUGUCCUUACCUUGAAAGCAGUCUAUGGACAAGAAGACUGCAAUCUAUGAUUUGGUUACCCACUGCUAUUAAUACUAUAAUAGUAUUUCCUUUGCAGAGCAUUCCCACUGACCUUCCCACUGUUUCUCCAUUUGCCUGUCUCCCUAUCCCAUUUCAUUACUGUCUGAAUAGUGUCAAACCACCUAAAAAUACAUGUAAAAAAAUAUUAGCAUUCUUAGAAUGUAAUCCCCCCAAAAUCUCAAAGUAACAAUGUCAUCGAAUUUUGAGUGUUCAUUAAAUGUUCAAAGCAUUCUGAAUACACCUGACCUGCGUUUUUUCCCCCACCCUGGUCAUAGGCCUAAGCCAUGUCAAAAUACAUAGAAUUGCAGGAAAUGAGCUUUAAAACAGUACAAUUUUCCUCCCCCAGACCCCGUCUAGGCAAAAUCUCACUGCAAGCUUUCUUCAAAAGUUCUCAGUCCUGCCCAUGCUGCAGUGUGGAACAAGAAGGAAGCCAAGAAAAACUUCCACAUGGUGGCCAACCUGGACCAUCUGGUACACAGGGAAGUCAGGAACCAAUAUACACAAUCAGUUAGGAAAGCAAAGGCUAGCUUUUUCAAACUUUUCAAAUUUGCAUCCUGUAGCACUAACUCCAAAAAGUUUUGGGACACUGUAAAGUCCAUGGAGAAUAAGAGCACCUCCUCCCAGCUGCCCACUGCACUGAGGCUAGGAAACACUGUCACCACUGAUAAAUCUACGAUAAUUGAGAAUUUCAACAAGCAUUUUGCUACGGCUGGCCAUGCUUUCCACCUGGCUACCCCUACCCCGGCCACCAGCUCUGCACCCUCCGCUGCAACUUGCCCAUGCCCCCCCCCCCCCGCUUCUCCUUCACACAAAUUCAGACAGCUGAUGUUCUGAAAGAGCUGCAAAAUCUGGACCCCUACAAAUCAACUGGGCUAGACAAUCUGGACCCUUUCUUUCUAAAAUUAUCCGCCAAAAUUGUCGCAACCCGUAUUACUAGCCUGUUCAACCUCUCUUUCGUAUCGUCUGAGAUCCCCAGAGAUUGGAAAGCUGCCGCGGUCAUCCCCCUCUUCAAAGGGGGUGACACUCUAGAUUCAAACUGUUACAGACCUAUAUCCAUCCUGCCCUGCCUUUCGAAAGUAUUUGAAAGCCAAGUUAACAAACAGAUCACCAACCACUUCGAAUCCCACCGUACCUUCUCCGCUAUGCAAUCGGGUUUCCGAGCUGGUCAUGGGUGCACCUCAGCCACGCUCAAGGUCCUAAACUAUAUUAUAACCGCGAUUGAUAAAAGACAGUACUGUGCAGCCGUCUUCAUCGACCUGACCAAGGCUUUCGACUCUGUCAAUCACCACAUUCUUAUUGGCAGACUAAAUAACCUUGGUUUCUCAAAUGACUGCCUCGCCUGGUUCACCAACUACUUCUCAGAUAGAGUUCAAUGUGUCAAAUCGGAGGGCCUGUUGUCUGGACCUCUGGCAGUCUCUAUGGAGGGGCCACAGGGUUCAAUUCUCGGGCCGACUCUAUUCUCUGUAUAUAUCAAUGAUGUCGCUCUUGCUGCUGGUGACUCUCAGAUCCACCUCUACGCAGAUGACACCAUUUUGUAUAAAUCUGGCCCUUCAUUGGACACUGUGUUAACAAACCUCCAAACGAGCUUCAAUGUCAUACAACACUCCUUCCGUAGCCUCCAACUGCUCUUAAACGCUAGUAAAACUAAAUGCAUGCUCUUCAAUCGAACGCUGCUUGCACCCGCCCGCCCGACUAGAAUCACUACUCUUGGCGGGUCUGACUUAGAAUAUGUGGACAACUACAAAUACCUAGGUGUCUGGUUAGACCGUAAACUCUCCUUCCAGACUCACAUUAAGCAUCUCCAAUCCAAAGUUACAUCUAGAAUCGGCUUCCUAUUUCGCAGCAAAGCCUCCUUCACUUAUGCUGCCAAACAUGCCCUCGUAAAACUGACUAUCCUACCGAUCCUUGACUUCGGCGAUGUCAUUUACAAAAUAGCCUCCAACACUCUACUCAGCAAAUUGGAUGUAGUCUAUCACAGUGCCAUCCGUUUUGUCACCAAAGCCCCAUAUACUACCCACCAUUGUGACCUGUACGAUCUCGUUGGCUGGCCCUCACUACAUAUUCAUCGCCAAACCCACUGGCUCCAGGUCAUCUAUAAAUCACUGCUAGUCAAAUCCCCGCCUUAUCUUAGCUCAUUGGUCACCAUAGCAACACCCACCCGUAGUAUGCGCUCCAGCAGGUAUAUCUCACUGGUCAUCCCCAAAGCCAACACCUCCUUUGGCCGUCAUUCCUUCCAGUUUUCUGCUGCCAAUGACUGGAACGAACUGCAAAAAUCUCUGAAGCAGGAGACUCUUAUCUCCCUCACUAACUUUAAGCAUCAGUUGUCAGAGCAGCUUACCGAUCACUGCACCUGUACACAGCCCAUCUGUAAUUAGCCCACCCAACUACCUCAUCCCCAUAUUGUUAUUUAUUUUGCUCAUUUGCACCCCAGUAUCUCUAUUUGCACAUCAUCUUCUGCACAUCUAUCAUUCCAGUGUUAAUACUAAAUUGUAAUUAUUUUGCACUAUGGCCUAUUUAUUGCCUUACCUCCAUAACUUGCUACAUUUGCACACAGUGUAUAUAGAUUUUCUAUUGUGUUAUUGACUGUAUGUUUUGUUUUAUCCCAUGUGUAACUGUGUUGUUGUUUUUAUCGCACUGCUUUGCUUUAUCUUGGCCAGGUCGCAGUUGUAAAUGAGAACUUGUUCUCAACUGGCUAACCUGGUUAAAUAAAGGUUAAAUAAAUAAAAAUAAACACAAAGAGCUGAGGGCCUUCGCUGAUAGAAUGAGGAGAAGGAUAAAUACUGGAACUGCCUGGAGCAGGAGGAAGAGGGGAAGAAAGGGGAGGAAGAGGAAGAAGAGAAAGAGGAUGGAGCGCAGGAUGAGAGCAAGGAGACCGAGGUGAAAAAGGAUUGUAACGAGGGGUGAAACAGCCAUUUCAGCUACAGCGAAAGAUAAGGCUACAGUGAAGGAUGAAACAGCCAAUAAGAAGGCUGAGAGCAGUCCGGAAACUCAAUCAGAGACCAAUCAGAGCUCUCCGUCCGUGGGAGAGGGGAUGGACUGGCAGCAGAAGUUAAGACACAUCAUGUUCCUGCAAAAGGAGGGUAACGUCCUGCUUACAGAGAAAUACAGCGAGGCCACGGGAAAGUCAAAGAGGCUCUGGAGUAUGUGGACUUCAUUCAGAACAAGGUAAGUGUCCAUUAAUUGGCAAGUUCAUUCAGUGGUGCGUUAUUUCAUUCAGUGGUCAGUUCAUUCAGUGGUAUUUUCAUUCAGUGAUGUGUUCUUCCAAUGUUGUGUCCAUUAAGUGGAAUGUCCAUUUAUUCAUUGGUCUGUUCACUCAGGGUAAGGUCUUCAUUCAGUGUGAAACAACCAAUUAAUCUAGUCAUAGAACUGAUAAUACACUUGAAAUAAGUAUUUAGAGAUAAAAUAAUGAUUCAUUAGAAUGACAGGCUGAAAAACAAAAGAAAAUGUUCUUAUGAAACGGUUAAGAAUGAUGAUGACAAUACAUAAAGGCAAUAUGUUUUUGUUGGGUAAUGUUUCUGUUUUGGAUCAUCUUUUGAAUAUACAACUGCCAACUUUGGAAUGUUGACGUUUUUGGGGUCAUUGUUUGAGCAGUCAGCAAGUGCCCUAAGAUGACUCCUCUAAGUGAUCUGUUCAUGCCAUCUCACAAGCUCUAAUCAAGUUCCAAUGUUGCCACUCCACUGAAGAGAGAAGAGCAACGCUAUGGGGUUGUAGGUACACUGGCAGAACAGAACAGGAACAGGGAGAGGAGCGACGUAGCUAAAAAUAACAGAGACCCUUGGAGAUUUAGAGUGAGCGCUCGCCCAGGCAUCUCUUACUCUCUGUCACCCUCCUCCCUCCCACUUUUUAUUUCUCUCCCCCUCGCUCUUUUUCUCUCUGUCAUUCCUUCUCCAUUUUCUCCCUGUAUCUCUCUCCACCCCCCUCCCUCCCGUCAUCAAUAUAUUUGCCUCUCCUUCCCUCUUUCCAUCUCUGUAUAUCUCCCGAGUGGCGCAGUGGUCUAAGGCACUGCAUCGCAGUGCUAGCUGUGCCACUAGAGAUCCUGGUUCGAAUCCAGGCUCUGUCAUAGCCGGCCGCGACCGGGAGACCCAUGGGGCGGCGCACAAUUGGCCCAGGGUAGGGGAGGGAAUGGCCGGCAGGGAUGUAGCUCAGUUGGUAGAGCAUGGCGUUUGCAACGCCAGGGUUGUGGGUUCGAUUCCCACAGGGGGCCAGUAUGAAAAAAAUAAUAAUGUAUGCACUCACUAACUGUAAGUCGCUCUGGAUAAGAGCGUCUGCUGAAUGACUAAAUGGGAGAAGGAGAGAAAACAUGGACCCUUUCUAUGUUCAGCCUGUUACGCUAGAGAUAUAUUUUUGUUUGCAUGGGCUGCGUCUCAAUCCACCACAUCCGCCUAUGUUGCCCUUCCGCAUCUGCGGUGGAAAGUGGCCGAGCUACAGCGUUGUUUGUCAGACCAGGAGAAAUCCCGAAAAUCGUUCCUCUUACGAAAACAUCUGUAGCCUCCGAACGGUUUGGCCUUAAAAAACGAAUAUGACCACUGUAGAAUGGGGAGACUCUCACGAACAGGAUGGUGUUCCCCGUUUUGCUUUACGACCCCAUUGUAGGACUCGUCUGAAGUCGAUAACGCGUUUGUGCCAACUUCUGUCUGUAGUGUCCGAACCGUUUGGACUACAAACUAAUAUGACCCCAUUGUAGAAAGGGGAGAUGGGUUCUCUGUUUUGCUCUAUGACCCCCCACAAGUGUCACUGGACUCAUCUAAAUGUAACCCAUACAAAUGAAUGGAAGUAUGGAGGUAGUUUUAUGCCAACAAAAAUAAGAGUUUAAAUGUGUAAAAAAACAAAGAUAUCUCCUGAGCUUUCUUAUAUCUCUUAGAUAUAGGAUAGACACUUCAAAACCUUAUUCAAUAUGAUUUAUUUUUUGACUGUCUUUUUUGCCAUUAAUGAGUGUGUUAUUCAAUGUGUUUCUAUGUGCUAUAGUAGUAAAGGCAAUAUUCAAUAUUUUAUCAAAUCAUUUUUAAAUAUAAUUAUUUUAUACCUAAAGGGUUCCUAAAAUUACAAUAAAAUAGAUAAAUGAUCCAUGGUAUGACCUUCUUAAAAAAAUUCCAUAUGUCAUCUUAGAACCCAACAGCUUAGACUUAGCAAAUGUAUUGAAAUACAGAAAUAUCUCAUUUACAUAAGUAUUCACACCGCUGAGUCAAUACAUGUUAGAAUCACCUUUGGCAGUGAUUACAGCUGUGAGUCUUUCUGGGUAAGUCUCUAAGACUAUACCCAUAACAUGAUCCAGCCACAACCAUGCUUGAAAGUAUGAAGUGGGGCUCAAUGAUGUGUUGUGUUGGAUUUGCCCCAAAUACAACGCUUUGUAUUCAGGACAUACAUUUUUUGCAGUUUUACUUUAAAGCAGCUUAGACUUUUAAGAAACAACCUCUGUUUGGAGCUGAAUGCUCUACAUCUGUAGUACAAACACUUGGCCUUGAGUGGACCUUGUCCUGAUGUUGCUCCCAGACUUGAUUUUUCCAUCUUUCUCUCUCCCUUUGUUCUGGAAGUUGCCAAACACACUUGCAUCAUUCCCUUCUAAAGACAACAGUAAAGAGUGAAAUUCAUUGUUUCCUUUUUUACCUGAAUUAUUUAUCUCGGAGUGGAUGUGAUAUGGGUUUACUGAUCAUACCCUUCUCCUUCACACUCUCUCUGUUCUCUCACUCCCUUUGUAUUUUUCUUCUCUCUAUUCCUAUUUUACCCACUUUCUGGGUCUGUCGCUCCUUUGCUCACUCUCUAACUAUACAUAUUUUACUCUCUCUCCCCCUCUCUCUUCUAAUAUCCCUCUAUCUCUUAUUCUCUCUAACUCAUUUCUCUCUUCCUCCUCCCUGCUUCUUCUCCUCUCUCAAUGUCCCUUCUUACUUUUUUUCUGUCCAUUCUCUCUUCCUCUUUCCUUUACAAAUAUCUUCCUCUACUGUAUCCUCUAUCUCUCCCUCCUCUACCCCUCCCUCCUCUACCUCUCCCAUCUCUCUCUGUAGAUAACUUCAAGGCAGUGUACCAGCAGGCUAGGGCCCACUUGGCUCUGUGCAACGAGCAGGAGGCCAGGAAGGACUUCCAGAAGGUGGAGCAUCUGGAGCCCAAGUUCAAGCCCACCGUCAAUCAGGAAAAUAAGAGGCUGGAUGAGAACCUCCGGAACAAGCACGUCAGCAAUAACAAGAACAACUGGGAAGCUACAGUGGAAAAGUGGGGCCCCGAGUUAGAAAAAGUAAAGAAGCCAAUUAAGUUUCAAGAGGAGGAAAAAGGACCGGAGGGGAGUGUUAAGAAAGAAGGAGAAGCAGACCCGACUAUAAAAUAGGGAGGUAGUGAUGGAGUGAGAGAGGAGAAGAAGCAAGAGGGAAAAGGAGAGGAGGGGAGUGUGAAGACAGCAGCCACUGCUGAGAAAGAGGGAGGUAGUGGGGGAGUGAAAAAGGAGAAGGCUAGUGGGAAGAGAAGAGAGUGUAGAGGUAGAGAGAGAUGGACAGGCGGGGGUAGAUAACAGAGCAAGAGACAGCUUUGAUGCAGAGAUAAUGUAGCUACAGAGAGGUCAGGGAAGGCUGUGAUAAAGGCCAAAUGUCAAUCAACUGCCGCCCAUGAAGUAACCAAGGGAAGCACAGGGAACAAAGGCACCAAUGAGACAAGAAGCAGUACAAUUCAAUCAGAAUCGACCAAUAGGAGUCCAUUAACCACCUCUGACCUCCCUAACCGGCAGGCCACAGAGGUACUUUCAGAGGUAGCUGAGGAGAGAGUCAGGUUAGACACACAGAUGGUCAGACCUAACAAAGGAGAGGCAGAGGAAAGCAAAAUGGAUAAAGGGAGAAAAACAGAGGGAGAGUUCUGA